UCCCGCGGGCGCUAACGCAAAGCCGCACCGCGCUUACGAUGUUGUGAAUGAGGAGUGACGUCAGCGGCCGAAUGUCAACAAUGUAGCGACUGUAGGCGUUCCAGUCGAGAGUAACAAACAGCGGAGACGGAGCGGCACGCCGCGCUGGAGCACCGCGCGCACACACGCACGCAAUCGUACACACAACAGAGUCACACACCGUGUUUUCUUACUGAAGUGACACAAAAGCGAGGUGCUGCAUCGGGACAAGAAGUGACCUCUCUGAGGAAAGGAGUCAUCAUGUGAGAGAACUUAUGAGGGACACGGACAAAAGGGCUGGAGACGCGCGGAAUAGAAAGUAAAAGAACAUUCCUGAUACAACUACCUGGCAGCAAAAGUGUUCCCAUUGAUGUUCAGUUAUCACGGGACGCCCCCCCCCCCCCCCCACAACGCCGACCUGCCAAUCAUGUACCUGACCUUGAUUCUGUGACUGACGGUGAUGUAGAUGAGUCAGUGUGACGCUGCGCUGCUCGUGGAUAAAUGAUCACUAAUCACCAUCAGAAGAUGAAGGACAAGUCUGGCGUGAGCGGAAUGUCCGUGGAUGAGAAGCCUGAAGCCCCCAUGUAUGUGUAUGAGUCGACAGUUCAUUGUACCAAUAUCCUCCUCUGCCUCAACGACCAGCGGAAGCAGGAUAUCCUGUGCGAUGUGACCGUCCUGGUGGAGGGGAAGGAGUUCCGCGGGCACCGCUCCGUGCUGGCCGCCUGCAGCGAGUACUUCCUGCAGGCGCUGGUGGGCCAGGCGGAGAAUGGCUUGGUGGUCAGCCUUCCGGAAGAGGUCACUGCCAGGGGAUUCGCUCCAUUGUUGCAGUUUGCCUACACUGCUAAGCUGUUACUCAGCAGAGAAAACAUCCAGGAGGUCAUCCGCUGUGCCGAAUUCCUGCGCAUGCACAACCUGGAGGACUCAUGCUUUCGCUUCCUGGAAGCACAGCUGCGCCGCGAGGAGGACGGCUUGCUGCUCUGCCACAAGGUGGCGGCAGCAGAAGUGAACAACUCACAGGAUGAGAGCAUGCAGUCUGAGGUGGAGAAACCCACCUCCCCAAAGGCACGACGGCGCGCCGAAGCCCUCACUUCCUUUGAACACCCUGACGAGGAUCGGCUAGCAAUGGCUAUUCCCAGUAACUUCUCCGAUGGCCGGCUGGACUUUGACAGGCACGGAGCAUCAGACCUGCCGCGAUGCCCAAAGUACAGGAAAUACCAGUGGGCCUGCAACAAGCACAAUAAUGACACAUCCUCACACACCAGUACCUCAGGUUUUCCAAGCACAUUAAAAGAGAGCAGCGUCAGCGGGGCACUGCCGGGUCAGGACAGGCUGCCUUUGGCACAGAUCAAAGUUGAACCACAGGUAGACGAAGAGGCCAUCUCAUUGUGCCUGUCAGGGGAUGAGCAGGGGGGCAGGGAUAAGGACAGUGUGACGAGCAUGGAGAUGGAUAACCCCAUAUCUGUGGAGAGAACCAAGUCCCCUUCCUGCCUCCGAGCCUUCUUCAAGAAAGGGGUGGACCUGCCCAACACUUCACAGCAGCUAUUCACCAACAGACUUGUCUGUCCCCAGGACAAAGUAAACUCUCAGGGAGAUCAUAAAAAAGACUUCAGGCCUUUCACUGGGGAGCUGGGUCUGCCUGUUACAUCCCCAAAGGACGUUGACAGUUUCCCUGCAGGGUUGUCCCUCAAGUCCGCUUCCUGUGAUGGGGUCUGCAAACAGGAAGUUGAGCUUGAUCGCCGUAGUGUCAUAUUUUCCUCAGGGGCAUGCAAACGUCUGGGAACCCCAGCACAUUCCUACCCUGGUGGAAACUCUUUGGAGAUGGAGCUCUCUGAGCACAUGCCAAAGGGCCUGUGGGCCGGAGCCAGCCAGUCCCUCCCCACGUCGCAGACCUACUCUCCCAGCACCACCUCCAGCGACCCCCUACUCCUGUGCCACCCGAGACCCAACACCAGCUGCCCAGUGCCAAUCAAAGUGUGCCCACGCUCACCGCCUUGUGAAACACGCACCAGGACUUCCAGCUCCUGCUCCUCGUACUCCUAUGCAGAGGACGGCAGCGGGGGCUCUCCCUGCAGCCUGCCCCAGUUUGAGUUCUCCUCCUCUCCGUGCUCCAACGUGGCACGCUGCCUCAAUGUGGACCAGCAGGAGCAAAGUGUGGGCGGGGAGGCCCUUUUUAACCAGGUGCGGCCUAAGAUCAAAUGCGAGCAGUCCUACGGCACCAACUCCAGCGACGAGUCGGGCUCCUUCUCAGAGGGAGACAGCGAGUCCUGCCAUGUGCAGGAGCAAGGGCCAGAGGUAAAGCUGCCUUUCCCUGUAGAUCAAAUCACAAAUCUUCCACGGAACGACUUCCAAAUGUUGGUGAAAAUGCACAAACUGACCUCGGAGCAGCUGGAGUUUAUCCAUGACGUGAGGCGGCGGAGUAAGAAUCGCAUCGCGGCUCAGCGCUGCCGCAAGAGGAAGCUCGACUGCAUCAUGAACCUGGAGUGUGAGAUCAGAAAACUGGUGUGUGAGAAGGGGAAGCUGCUGACGGAGAGGAACCAGCUGAAGGCGUGUAUGGGGGAGCUGUGGGAGAACUUCUCCUGCCUGUCCCAGGAGGUGUGCCGCGACGUGCAGCUGAGCCCUGAGCAGGUCCAGUCUCUCAACCACUACUGCCCCGUGCUGCGGCCCGCCAACUCCACCGACACCCCCCCCAACACCACCAGCAUCGACCUCACCACCCACUCUGGCUCUGCCACACCGGAGCCCAGCUUCCACGGAUCGCCCGGGGCUGCAGAUAGCGAGCCCGACUCGGCGGUCAGAAACGGGCCGGACAGAGAAACAGACAGCCAGGACGCCGGCCUGUACGAUGAGUCAGAGCUGGUCAAAUCCAACCAGGCGGUAACGGUGGAUUUCUGCCAGGAAAUGACUGACAAAUGUACAACUGAUGAGCAGCCGAGGAAGGACUGCGCUAAUUAGUGGUGGUUCUCUGUGUUGUUGAUUUUGAUGUUUUUUUUAUUAUUUAAUUUCACUCUUCUGACAAACCCACUCUCAGGGUUGCUGAGACAGUCAGCCUCUGCCAGUGUUCACUGAAAAACAAGCUUUGUUUGUAUUUAUGUAUUUUUGUGCUGUUUUCUUUUUUUUUUGAACGGUUGACACUAAAGUUGUCUUAACAGCAGCAAUACUGUUCUCCAGGUAUUCUCCUCUUACAACGACAGAGUGGGAACUUCUCACCAAACAUUACAAUGGUGCUAUCCUCGCCCAACAGCAACCUCUACAGUGGGGACUCGCCCCCCCACAUGUCACUCAUCACAAGUCAAAGUGGAACCUCAUCGGACCUAAACAGCAGCUCUCUGUGUCUCUCUGUUCCUGUCUUCCUCUUUCUCUGUCUCCCACUCUGUCUAUCAAUCUUCUCUACCUCUUUCUGUCUCACUUUUCUUUCUCUCUGUCUGUCUGUGGUUCGUCUCUCACUAUAUCUCAGUGGCCCUUUUUGUCACAGCAAUUCAAACUCAGGAAAAAAAGAAUCCUCUGAAUGUUCAACCUAAUUCAUGAAAAAAUGAGAAUGCAGCUUCUGUACACGGGGAGUUAAGAUGCAGUUGACUUUUUAAAAUGUUCAUAUGCAAAUAUGUCUUUGAGCGUCUGGCAUUUGUAAUUCUGUACAGGAGAACUGUGUGCAGGCUGUAACCGAAAACAUUCCUCCUUUGCCUUCCUCAGCACUGAAUUUAAAGGACAAGGUUUUUUGCAGGCGGUUAGAUGGCUAUUUUUAUUUCCCACUCAUCAGCAAUACCAUUGUAUUUGGAUGUUGUAACGGUGACUUUCAAGUGCUUGUUUGGCAGAAAUGUACAUAGUAUGGAGCAUGAUGACUGUAACAGUGAUUUUGUACUGGUAGAGGCUUAGACGUUUCUUUUUCACGGGGUUAUAUCAAGCACCUUUUGCUAAGGGGAAACCUUUGCUUUGCUGUUUCCUGUCCUGCCUAACGAAUGCUCCCUAUCACGGUGAGCGUUCCUAUACUCAGGAAAUCAGCUCCACAUGAAGACACACACAUGCAGUACAUACAGACAGUCAAAACACAUGUACAAUUUUUAGCCCCAUGCAUGUAUAAAAGUUAGACAUUCAAGUUGUGUUUUACGCGAGGCUCUUCCCCCUUUCCUCUUUAAAUGUGAAAAAAGAGUUCUGCCUUGUGUUGUUUGGAGGACAUUUUAUUAUCAGUAUUGUAAGAUGCUCUUUGUGUACACUCUCGCAGACGUGUUUUGGGUUUAUUCGAUAUUGCCGUUAGAUGUUAGGCGACAGCAAAAAGUGCAGCCAACAAAUAAGUGACAGAUACUUAAAAAAAAAUCGAAUUGAUCCUGAGAAAGAGAAAAAUAUUGACUUCAGUCAGGCACUUUGUUUUGGCCCCAAGCACUCAGAGCCAUUUAGCACUUCAAUAAGGUCUUUGUCUUUGUUUCAGACCUCCUCAAAGUCUCAGACUGGAGCACUUAAACUUCAAGAAGAAAAAUCUUGUUUAUAUAAAUAUACAAUACAAAUAUCUUUAUGAAGAAAAUGUAUCCGAAAGCUAAAAAGAAGCUAAUGUUUUAGACCUUAUAUUUGUAUUUCUUUAGGAAUUGAAUAAGCUAAUUCAAAUUGUAUUCUACGUGAAAGCUGUGUGUUGAUUGAGUAACAAUCAUAUAAGAUAGUAACACGUUUGCCCUAAUUGUGCAUUUGUUUGACCAUCCUCAUUUGUGAUGUGCAUGCAUGCUGCCUAGCUUUAGGCCUAGUUAGUUUGUCUUCUUCUGUUUACCUUCUCUGAAGCAGUCUGCUUUUAAACUGAUAUCUUUUUGAAAUGUCUAUGUAUAAAAAGGCAGAAAGAGUUGAUAUUAACCCUAACUAGAGGAGGCUUUCAGGGCCGUACUCUAGCACAAGGUUGAAUUCAAAUUCAAAGUGUAUUCAUUGCUCUUUAAAGCCCCAAUCCAAAGAGACUAUCCCUGAGUUAACUGGAGCUAAUGUAGCUUGUAGGCAAGCUAAUGUUUCAUUAGCUUCACGACAUCAAUGUAAUCUCUCAUUGAGUAAUUCGGAGAGAUGUUUUACUAUCCUUACUCUAAAGAAUAUUCCCUUCGAUCAUUUUGUUUCUACUUAAACUGACUUUGUAGUAGUUAUUAGAUUUAAAUCUUAUAGCCAUGUAUGGCAGGUCAAACUAAGAUGCUAGAUAGGUGCUACCAGGAUAGCCUGUAGCAGCUAGCUACACCACCUACUCCCCCAUCCAACUCAGGGUGAUUUUUUUCUUACUUGAAAUAAACUAUUUUUUAAAUAAAAUAUUUAUUUUUUUGGCCAAACAAGUCUGGGAUUUGGGCUUUAAAAUGUGAAUGAAAGGUUUAAAAGUUCUCCCCCUGAUUUUAAAUAAUUAUAGAUGUAUAAGAAAUGUCUCAGGUGAGACUGUUUUUUAUACAGCCAAACAAUUAAGUGUAUUUUAUAAAAACCGUCUUUGAUUUCUUAAAAGGCAGAUACAAAGACCCAAACACACACACACACUCACACAUACACAGCAGUAGAGGACCUUCAUCCGCUGGUGUGUUUUCUUUGUUUGUUCAGCCCUUUAUCAACUGUGUGCUCUUCUUCAUUCUUUGAUGCAUAUGUACUGCAGCAAAGCAGUAUCUAUCUACCCAUACAGAUUGUACCAGGUUCCAGGCAGAAAGCUAAACAUUACAGAUGCUUAUUUUUAUGCAAACAUUUUGCAACUCGCUUUGUAUUCAUGUACUUUUUCAUCUGCCUAAUCUUAAAUUGAGGAGGCCCGGUGUUGCAUUUGCGAGCAUCGACUCUGACUUUAUGUCUCUGUGUGGAGAAAAUUAAUUUGUGAAGUUUGUGUUGUAGCAAAACUAUUGUAACAAAGGCCCCUGGGUGUCUCCUCACACAUUAAUAAUACGAUCACAUCCUUUUGUUUGCAUAUCAGAACUUCUACCUAUUGAAUGUUGAUAAUUCAACUUAGCAAACCUUCGAAUCCCGUGGAGCUCGGGUGAUUCACUGCUCGGUCAAAGUGCAGUAACAGGCAUCCUCUGCAACAUGUCAACUCUUAUUUAAAGGGUCCAUUCAAGUUACAAAAACAAAUGAUCACUUCCUGUAUGUCUUGUGGACACUGGUCACGCAGAUAGAUCUGGUUUUAUUGGUUCAUGUUUUGGGAUAUCUGUCUCUUUACAUUCUGCCUUUGUGGUGCUCACACCACUGAAGGAAGUACUCUCCUGUUGCUCUGAAUGCUGUGAACAGUAUUUUUUCAGAGAAUGCCAAAACGUUGGUGAAUAAAACCAUAACUAUAGUUACUGAUAGAUGUGAGUGACAACAUGUAUCUUGUCAUUUGGGUGAACCGACCCUUUCGUGUCUAAACCCGCUCUCACAUCACUCUGACGCACAUUUUCUUUUUUACUUUAGUACUUACUUUUUCAAAUCAAAUGAAUGCCCCUUUUAAAUGAUUUGUUAAAAUGACUUAAAGCUGCAUCAAUUCAUUUCUAACCUUCACCACGAGCAAAGAAAGCAACAUUAUGAUUCAUUUGGAGUUGUGUGCAUGUCACCAAAUGAAUGGAGUUGAUAUGAUGUACCCUCUUUUAGCUCAUUGUUCCUGAUCUCCACCAAUUCAUGAGUUCACCAGCUGACUGACUUUGUAUCCGAGCCAGCAGAAUGGGCUGUUUGGAAAACCAAGAAUAAUAAGUGAAAAGAGGCUGAAAUAUUCAGUGGAGAUGAAGGAAAAGUAGAGUUGGUGAUCAUAUCUUUGCUAAAUGUUUAGCAACCUCAUACACAAUGUUCUUUUGAUACAUUUUUCAUAUCAAAAAUAUUGGUGCAGCUUUAAAAUGAUAUAAUAAUAAGCUUGAACAACUCAAAUAAUCCUCCAGGUUCAAUUGUUGUUUAUGUAUAUUACAGCAAAGUGGCUCCAACUGCUCCUACCUUGUUGCUGUGUAUUUGUCUUGUUUAAUUGAACUUUUGUGUUGCUGCUUCUCUGAAACAAACACUGGCUUUUCUACUCCAAAGGUUGUUCUAUCAAAUAAUAUGAAUCUUUCUCACAGAUUGCUCAACUUUUCUUGAAAAAACAACAAAACAAAUCUGGUAUCCCGGUUGAAUGCGCAGGCUGAGAUCAUUGAGUAAAAUAUACAAAUGCAAAAUGUUUACAAUUGCCAUGCAAAAAUGGCUCGGUUUAAUUGGACUGGUCCUUGGUGUCGUGGAAAGAGACAACGUUUCCUCACCUUGUCUUUAUUCCAACUUGUGGGAUGGCUCAGCAUUACAUGGAUACGAGUGCACCUCCGAUAUUUGCCUUAGAACUUGCAGAGGCCAUAGUUCACAUUCAAGUGAAGUGAGUGUAUGCAGGGGCCCGGCCCCCAUCCCUGAGUCACCAGUGCAGACUUCCUCACACUUAUCUACCUGUGAAAUCCUUCAUACCUCUCAUAACUGGUCAAUGACUGUAUCAGCAAACCGCAUCAGGUGUUUUUCUACAUGCUUUUUACACAGAUUAUAUGGAUUCUUGUAUUAGUAGAUUUUGGUGCAUCAUUUUUUAUGUAAUAGCUCUUAAGCUUGUAGUUCAAGUUGUUUUUUUGUUUUCAUUUUUCUAGAUGACUGUUUUGUGUUAAUAAUUGUCAAUUUGAAAUAGCUGUUAUUUCUCACUCUACUAAGAGUUCUUACCUUUAUCAUUUUGAAAUGCUACAUGACCCUAAUUAAUUAAAAUGACUUAAAAACCAUUGUAAAUAUGGUAUUGUGCAAACCCCAUUUUCAUUCAUUUCAAUUGCUUGUGUUAUAUAAAUGACUCUUUUGUCUAGACACCAUUUCUCUUUAUGAAAUAAAGAAACAUGCAUAUCAUGA